CCAGUGACUUGGCAUUCUAUCCUUACAUCUCUUUCACUAGACUUGCCAACCUCGCAAUGCACUCUUUCGCUAAAUUUGUUACUUUGUUUCUUGCUGGGGCUGAUGCCGUUGCCCUGGGGUCUCCAUUUACUGCCACACCUAUUACCUCCUCAGUUAACACUGGAAGCCCAGCAAAUGUUUCUGCUGGAAAUUUUGAUGGGUGUGCUUCCUUAACAUCUGCUGGUUUCUCUGUAUCAUGCUCAACAGUGGCCGCUGCACCUUCGCACGCCUCAGGGUUCCCGAAGCCAGUCAGCCAUGCAAUAAAGCGCCCAGAUUGCUAUCUAGACAUCUCAGGAUCGUUCAUGGAGAGCAUUGAUCAGAACAGAUAUACCAAGAACCUUCCAGUGAAGCCGACGAAGUUACCCUGCUGGACCGUGGGUGCAACGAACUCAACGAAGCCCUGGUUUUCUACCGGAUCGUGGGGUAUUCCUUCCGGAACAGAAAGUAAGGUGCCUCCAGCAACGAUCCCACCUGAGACUUUGACAACUCUCAUCGAGGGAGAAGUUUUUUCAACCCCGAUUGUGCAGCCGUCUUCAAUUGUCGCAUAUACAAACCUGCCGAUUUCUACAACGGUCGGCGACAUUCCUUUUUUCACAGACAGUGAUGACUCCCCAGGGCCUACACUCACCGACGACCCUAUUACCGGCGUUCCUAUUGCUGGUCCAACAUCUGUCUCUGGCAUAUAUCCUCCCGUGAUAUCCAACCGAACUAUCAGCUUUUCAGGAACAGGGACAGGUAUAACCUCCCACUCCCACGUGUGGACUCCACUUGUAUCGACUGUGAUAAGAUACUAA